CUUUGUUUCUUUGCCUCCUUUUCGCCGCGCUUUCCCAAUCAUUCUGGCAGAUAGGCGCUUGCGUCAGCGCCAGAGGUCGAGGGUCGGCCAGUCUACUACUUGAGAAAGGGGUGAAGCAUUUGUAGAUCGGUCGACAUAGAGCGUGGCCACCACAACCGCACCUCGCCAUGCCACCACGCCAAGCACACGCCACCACCUCUACGCUCGCAGGCCUCUCGCCGCUCAAUCUCCCCUCUUCUUCGACGAGCUCUAAUGGCUCAAGCAGAGAUACUUCAUUCCUCUCCUCACUAGGCAACGUCCCCUGUGCCUUCGAUGAAUGCCGACAAUUCGACUUUCUCCCCUUGCUAUGCACAGAGUGCGGAGGCAAAUACUGUGGCGAGCACAGCACCCCGCUCCAGCAUAGAUGCGAUCGACGCUUAGCCCCGCGGGAGGAGGGGGAAGAGGAAGGCGCAGGCUAUUUGGCUCCUCGCUGCGGCUUCUGCGGUGAGGUUCCGCGGGUCUGGCAGAGGAGUGCCGGCGAUCGAGGAAGGCAGGAGGCGGUUAGGCGACAUGUGGAAGGAGGCGAAUGCUCAGUCGUCAAGGAGGCGUUCAGCAAUCGCGACCGGCAAAAGCAUUCUUCAGGCCCGCAAUGCUCUCAUCGUCGAUGCAACAAGUCGCUCGCUACUUUGCGACUGGAAUGUCCCAAGUGUGGCCAAGGAUUCUGUGCUGCGCAUCGCGAGGUGGCCAAGCAUGAUUGUCCCGCAGCAAACAGCGUCCCUCGUCCGCAGAACGGGGCUGCGCGGCAGCAGUCAGCGUCAGCAGCGGCGGUUUCAGCUACAAUAGCGAUGAAGCGAUUGGGCUUGCAAGACGGAGCUGCACAGUCGACGUCAGCAGGCAAGCAGGAACAGCCGCCAUCGUCUACAUCCAAGCUGCCCUCUCUGCCCAACCUCGGGGACGUUAUGACCAACCGCAAGCUUGACAAACGCAUAGCCGCCGAGCACCUCUCGCAAUUACGGGCCCUUCAAUCCCGCCAGGCUCGCGGCCUCAAACUGAGCCAAGCCGACGAGUAUCGACUAGCAGAGCUCAUGGCCGAACACAAGGACACGCACAAAUGGUCGCAGCUUGGCAGGCGUGAGGAGGGCAAAUCUCGCGACGACUGCACCGUCAUGUAA